CCGGUACUAAUAAUAUGAUAACCAUGAUGAGCUCCUAAGUUCUCAAAUUAAUUCAUUGGCAUCUAUCUUGCAUAUCACAAUGACUGCCGAAAAGAAAUCAACCGAGGACGCGCAGACGCCUUCUUCCGAUAAGGCCAAAGAUCGAUUGGCUCAGGUUUCCUCGCAUAUAGCUCCAGCAAAGACGACUCAACGUCGCCGACGGAAAGGAACAGAGCCAGAUCUUCCAGCUGAUUACUCCGAUAUACUCGGCCAGAUAUCGUCUCUACAGAAGAUAGCGGCGACCCCGGAUCCAAGCAAUCGGGGUUAUGUCCGGCAAAAGCAAGCAGGGAAGCUAUGGGUAAGGGAGCGCGUUGAGCAAUUGCUCGACCCGGGGAGUUUUCAAGAGGUGGGAAGUGUAAGCGGUACUGUUCAAUGGAAGCAAUUAGGCCCAUUGAAAGAGGAACCUGUCGAGUAUACGCCUUCAAAUAAUGUACAGGGUUUCGGCAGGUUAAGAGGACGGAAAAUCGUGUUUACAGCGGACGACUUCUCGAUUAGAGCUGGCCACGCAGAUGGCGCCCUGAUGGACAAAACAAUUUAUAUGGAGAAGCUCGCCAUAGCGCUCAAGAUACCAAUUGUAAAACUUGUGGACGGUUCAUCUGGCGGUGGAUCUGUCACUACCAUCCGAACUUCAGGCUUCUCUUAUGUACCUCCGCUUCCAUCGUUCACACAAGUAGUCCAACAAUUGAACAUGGGAAUUCCGAACCUAGGCGCCGUUGUUGGGCCAGCCAUUGGGCUUGGUGCUGCUCGCGUUGUCGCCUGCCACUUCUCUGUCAUGGCUGGCGAUAUUGGCUCGCUCUUCAAUGCAGGCCCAAACGUUGUCAAGAACGCAACCUUCGAAGAAGGCUUAUCGUUUACUGAUCUUGGGGGGCCUUCCAUGCAUUGUACGAACGGAACAAUCGACAACCUGGCUCCAGACGAGGCGGGAUGCUUCGAACAGAUGCGUACUGUAUUGAGUUUCCUCCCUGACUGCGGCACGAAGAUGCCUCCAACGAUCCCAUGCAACGAUCCGAUAGAUCGUGAAUCCGAAAUGUUGCGAUCAAUCAUCCCUCGAGCCCGAAACCGCAUGUAUAACCCGCGCAAGAUCAUCACAGAAGUAGUCGACCGCGACUCCUUCUUCGAAAUCGGUGCGCUCUGGGGCACGACAGCCAUCGUCGGACUGGCUCGAUUCGCAGGAAAGCCCGUCGGCAUUGUAUCCCUGAACUGCGAGGUCAAUGCCGGUGCACUCGACGCGCUGGGCUCUCAGAAGAUUGCCCGCAUGCUCAAGUUCCUCGAUGUGUUCAAUAUCCCUCUGGUACAGUUCAUUGAUGUGCCUGGCUACGCCAUCGGCACGGUCGCGGAACGAACGGCUACCAUGCGGCAUGGCAUAACCCUGGCUACGACAUAUUAUAGUACCACCAUGCCCGUCUUCUCUGUCAUUGUGCGGCGAGUCUACGGCGUUGCGGGCGGCGUGAUGCUGGACUGUCGGGAUCCUCGGAUGCGGGUAGGCUGGCCGUCAGGCUUGUGGGGUUCUCUUCCGCUCGAGGGGGGUAUCGAGGUAGGGCAUUCCUAUGAACUAAAGGAGAUUGAGCGUAAGCAUGGGAAUGAGAAGCGUGAGGAACGAUACAAGGAGCUCGAGAACGAAUACCGACGAUUGAUGAACCCGGUGCGUACGGCCAAUCACUUUGGCAUCGAGGAGAUCAUUGAUCCUGCUUAUACACGGAGAGUAUGUGCUGAAUGGGUACUGCAUGUGUACGAAAGCCUGUUGCCUGAAAGAGUCGCUCAAAGAGUUUCUGGCAAACUCAGUCCAGUUUUUGCGUAA